AUGUCAGCCCUGGAAGUUUUUGUUAACGAACAGAAGAAGAAAGGGAGUGCGACUGGUUCAAGCAGUGGAUUCGGAUCAUCGUCAUUUAGCUCCUUCAGCGAUCUAAGAAGCAAGCUUUCAUCGUCGUUGAGUGGUGUUCCUCUACUAUCACGAUCGGACACAUCCGAUUUGCGACCGCUCACUGACGAAGUAAUUGUAGAUGGACAACUACCGAGUGCUCAAAACAGAAAAAAUGGUGGAUGGUUUUCAUCUGGAGACGACAACUUUUUCGGAAUGUCACGCACACAACGGAUAUUUGCUUUCUUCCUGUCACUUUUGGGUGCAUUCUUCUGCUUCUCAACUGCUGCUGUUCUUAUUCCUGUGAUAAUCGUCUCGACUCGAAAGUUUGCUGCCUUGAACACACUCGGCAGUGUAUUGUUAUUACUGAGAACUUACAUCUGA